CAACCCAAAUGAGUUUGAAGUUUGGGAGGGUUCCCCUUUGGAUUCCAAACGCAACAAAAAUGGAACCAAAGCCAUCAACCCUCGCACCCCUUCCAGAAGAAAACCAAAAUCAAGAUCAAGAUCAGCAUGCAUCUGCGCCUUCUGCUUUCGCCUCAAAACCCAUUCGUCCUCCCACUCAGACAUCUUCAGAAAAAUACUCCCCGUUAGACUGGAAAGGAUAUUUUGACCAAGAGGAUGAUGUUUGCAUCCCUGACUCAAACGAUGUCUUUCAUGUAUAUACUGCAGGAAAGGAAGGACCAGUUGUUUUUUGCCUGCAUGGUGGUGGUUAUUCUGGGCUAUCAUUUGCUUUAUCAGCGCGUGUGAUUAAGGAGAAAGCAAGGGUAGUCGCAAUGGACCAGAGAGGACAUGGGAAAUCAUCCACAGAAAAUGAAAUAGACAUGUCUAUCGAGACUCUAUGUAAGGACGUUGAGGCUGUUGUGAAGGCAAUGUAUGGAGAUGCUCCGCCAGCAAUCAUACUUGUUGGCCACAGCAUGGGUGGAUCGGUUGCAGUACAUGUGGCGGCAAAGAAAUUGUUACCUAGUUUGCAUGGACUUGUGGUUGUAGAUGUUGUUGAGGGGACAGCUAUGGCUUCUUUGAUGCAUAUGCAGAAGAUUCUAUCGAACAGAAUGCAGUAUUUUCCGUCUCUUGAGAAAGCGAUCGAAUGGAAUGUGAGAAGCGGCUCUCUAAGAAACAUUGAAUCUGCUAGAAUAUCGAUUCCUGGUACCGUGAAGUAUGAUGAUUCACAGAAAUGUUACCGUCACAGAGCACGAUUAGAGGAAACAGAACAAUAUUGGAGAGGAUGGUAUGAAGGCCUCUCGGAAAAGUUUCUAUCAUCUCCCGUUCCGAAGCUCUUGCUGUUAGCUGGAACCGAUAGACUUGACAGGGCUCUUACAAUCGGGCAAAUGCAGGGUAAGUUUCAAAUGGUGGUGGUACGACAUACUGGCCAUGCGAUACAGGAAGAUGUACCUGAUGAAUUUGCAUCGCUUGUACUCAAUUUUGUCUCACGUAACCGAAUAGGACCUCAUGGAGUCGAGAUUCCAGGAAUUCGCCGGCCAUCACAGCCACAUACCUGAACAAAUGGCGAAAUAUGCAGACGUGACGAGACUAGACUAGACGGCGUGCUGCGAAAUAAGUAUGGAUCCAUCAUACAUGCCUAUGUGCAUGCAUAUUGCAGAUUAGAGUUUUCUUGCUAAUGGUCACGUAGGGAUUGUCGCAGACUGUUGUUCUAUGAGUGGUUAUCUUUUAUACUAUUAUAACAUAUCUACAUUCCUGCAAUUCUACAUAAAAUAUUUUAAUGCUUGUUACAUUUCUUGAGUUUA